UGAGAGGAGGGGAGUCUGUUGUCUGGGGACAGCUUAAAAACUGGGGAGUAGGCUGAACAGCUGGGGCCCAGGACUCCAGCCUGGGCUUCAGGACUGUCUGCUCCUGUGGGCAGGUGUCGCACCUUCCCCCACGCCCGGCCUUCCGGGCUCUCUCGCCAGCUGCGCCGGAAGGGAGCCGUACACCUGCAACCCAGUGUUCCCAAAUCCCCGGCUCCAAGAGAUCGAGCUCAGUCGGGUGUCUCUCCGCGCUCCGGCGUGGAAAAAAAAAAAAAGUCUUGUUACCCGCAGCGAACUGGAGUGCUGACAUCUUUAAUCUCAGCCCCGAAGCUUCCGCUUUGGAAGACAAAACCCCGAGGGUGGCUGCUGGAUGAGCCUGGGGUGGGGGAACUGCAAGGAGGGUGUUGCAGUUGUUCAGAAGAGAGAUGAAGAAAAUGGCAAAAAUGAUCCACAGUCUAUUUCUCAUAAACUGCUCUGGUGACAUAUUUCUAGAGAAGCACUGGAAGAGUGUUGUGAGCCAGUCUGUCUGUGAUUAUUUCUUUGAAGCUCAGGAGAAAGCUGCUGAUGUUGAAAAUGUACCACCUGUCAUUUCAACUCCUCAUCACUACCUCAUCAGUAUCUAUCGAGAUAAGCUCUUCUUUGUUUCUGUCAUACAGACUGAAGUGCCACCACUCUUUGUAAUUGAGUUCCUACAUCGAGUUGCUGACACUUUUCAGGACUACUUUGGUGAGUGUUCAGAGGCGGCAAUUAAGGAUAACGUUGUCAUAGUAUAUGAGCUCUUGGAAGAAAUGUUAGAUAAUGGAUUUCCUUUGGCUACUGAAUCUAACAUUUUGAAAGAACUGAUUAAACCACCAACAAUUCUGCGUUCUGUCGUCAACUCUAUUACAGGCAGUAGCAAUGUUGGGGACACACUCCCUACUGGGCAGCUGUCCAACAUCCCAUGGCGACGCGCAGGAGUAAAGUACACAAACAACGAAGCCUAUUUUGAUGUUGUUGAAGAAAUAGAUGCAAUUAUAGAUAAAUCAGGAUCUACAGUCUUUGCAGAAAUUCAAGGGGUCAUUGAUGCUUGCAUUAAGUUAUCUGGAAUGCCUGAUCUCUCUCUCUCUUUCAUGAACCCAAGGCUUCUGGAUGAUGUCAGCUUCCACCCCUGCAUCCGGUUCAAACGCUGGGAAUCUGAACGAGUUUUGUCAUUUAUUCCUCCAGAUGGAAAUUUCCGACUCAUAUCGUACCGUGUCAGCUCACAAAACCUAGUGGCAAUACCAGUAUAUGUGAAACAUAGUAUCAGCUUUAAGGAGAACAGUUCUUGUGGCAGAUUUGAUAUAACAAUUGGACCAAAACAGAAUAUGGGAAAAACAGUUGAAGGAAUCACAGUGACCGUUCACAUGCCGAAAGUUGUGCUGAAUAUGAACCUGACACCAACACAAGGCAGCUAUACAUUUGAUCCAGUUACCAAGAUACUCACAUGGGAUGUGGGAAAAAUUACUCCACAAAAGCUCCCAAGUCUUAAAGGUCUAGUAAAUUUACAGUCUGGAGCACCCAAGCCAGAAGAGAAUCCAAGCCUCAACAUACAGUUCAAAAUCCAGCAGCUUGCUAUUUCAGGCUUAAAAGUAAAUCGCUUGGACAUGUAUGGGGAGAAAUAUAAGCCAUUUAAAGGAGUCAAAUAUGUCACAAAAGCUGGAAAGUUCCAAGUGAGGACAUGAGAAGAGGCCGAAAUUCCUCAAGAUCAGUUUGUUUUCCAAGUGUCAUUACAAUUUAUUACUAUUAAGUACCAAGUGGGUGGGAAUACGUAUUUCUAGUUAAAGCAUUUAUGUCAAGCUACACACCACUAACAAAAUUGCUUAGUAAUUGACUAGGGUUCUUAAGAAGCUUUAAGCUAAGGAAACUUUUGUAAUGACUUAGCUAAUUUUUUAUCUUUCCGCUUAGGAAAACUUCAGAGGUGAUUUCUCUAGGGGCCAUCAGCUGGAUGCUGAACACUAACAGUAAAGGUAGAAGGCUACAGUGAUAACCUCUCUGUUAAUGGAUAUGAACUGGUUUCAUCCAGCAAGAACUGUCUUUAUCAGUAUAUGAUGUCAGGUGCAGCCAAAUGUCACACCUUCUGAUUUUAGCCAUCUCAAAUCAAUAUCUAUCCUCACAGAAGAAAUUCCUCCCCACUCCCAUCCCAAGAAGUUUACAAAAGCUGCCUCUUCAAGUGUUUGCCUUAUUCAGCUUUUCACUUGUGCCAUUAAGCAAGCACUGUAGCAAAAGCCACUUGCACAUGGCCCUGGCAGGGAGCACUGCUGCUCCAUGGUCCAUUCUCACUGUACUUGGUAUUAUAUUUUUUAUAAAUAAGAUUUUUAUGUAAAGCUCAGAUUUUGAUUUACAAGGACCUUGCUGCAGUGUAUAGUACCAUCUCAACUUUGUGUCAGUGGUUCAGCUGUUAGAUAGCACAGUAAAAAUUUGUUUCAAAGGGGUAAAUGCUUUAUUAAAAUAAAAGGAACACUAUUUCUGCUUUUAGGAAGUUAUCAAGUGUUUGCAUUUUUAAGCCAGUUAAAGUAAAGAGAAACAAG